AGUCCGGCAGCGGGCGGGCGCUCCAGUCCCGUGAGCUCCGAGCGCUGCCGGCUUCCCAGCGCUGCUCCCUGCCCGGGUCGGGGAGGCUGCGGCCAUGGAGCUAGCGGGGGCCCUGCAGCUCGGGGAGCUGGCGGCCGCCUUCGCCCGGGUGCCUGUCUUUCCGCUCUUCGACCUGGGCUACUUCAUCGCCUCCAUCCUCUACCUGAAGUACGAGCCAGGAGCUGUUGAGAUGUCCCAUCAGAGCCCUGUUGCCUCAUGGCUUUGUGCUAUGCUUCAUUGCUUUGGAAGUUAUAUUCUUGCUGAUAUGUUACUUGGGGAAGCUCCUAUUGAUUAUUUCAGCAAUAACUCUAGUGUGCUCCUGGCCACGGCAGUAUGGUACUUGAUUUUCUUCUGCCCCAUGAACCUCUUCUACAAGUGUGUCAGCUUCUUGCCUGUGAAGCUCAUCUUUGUGGCAAUGAAGGAGGUGGUUAGAGUUCGUAAAAUUGCUGUUGGGAUCCACCACGCUCACCACCAUUACCACCAUGGGUGGUUCAUUAUGGUGGUUACUGGAUGGGUCAAAGGUUCUGGCAUUAACCUGGUGUCUAAUUUUGAGCAGCUGCUGCGUGGAGUCUGGAAGCCAGAAACAAAUGAAAUUAUUCAUAUGACCUUCCCAACAAAAGCCAGUCUGUAUGGAGCAAUCCUCUUCACCCUGCAGCAGACUCACUGGCUCCCCAUCUCUAAAGCCAACCUCAUCUUCUUCUUCACCAUGUUUAUGAUUGUUUGCAAGGUGUUUAUGGCUGCAACUCACUCGCAUACCUCGCCGUUUGCUCCAAUAGAAGGCUUCAUCUGCCCAGUACUCUUUGGCUCUGCUUCUAGUGGGCACAACAGUCACCAUGACCACCAUGAGGAUUCCCAUGAUACUUCCCCUCCUGCGAAAUCUAAGGAGGAGCUGAAUGAAGGCACACGGAAACGGAAAGCGAAAAAGGCUGAAUAAGCGAGAUCAAAUACACGUGGUGAACAAGCCAAGGAAGAAUCUCACAGAGCUGCACUGAAGUCAUCUCCAAGCCACCUGUGACCUCAUAUAUCCGCCAAUCCCUGAGGUUUCAAAAGAGAGAGAUGGAAAUCAGGACACUGCCAGAUGGAUCCCUGAAUUUCAUCCAUGCGCUUCACCCUGUUGCUAGCUUCAUGAUCUUUGUCUCUACAUCUAUUUUCAAGAGGGUUUUAAAUUUGUGCCAGGCUGAGGUUUGGGUACAAGUUCCCAGCCCACCAACAAUUAUGAAAGCAUUUUGUUAUUAUACAAUUCCUACUGCCCUCCUGUUUGCGCCUCUCCUGCCCCCCAUCAUUGAAGGGGCUGUUUUGUGUUCCUCCAACUCACAAAUUCCUUAAAAAGAAAAUGAAAUACUUAGAAACAGCUGAAUAUGGAAAUUUGCUGAAAAAUCCAAACAGUAAAUUAUCUCAUGUGAAGCUGAGCUCAUACAUUUCAGCUCCCAUACUUGCAAAGUAUCCCAUGAUGUAGGGCUUCAAACUAAUAUGGUAUAUUUUAUAUGCCUGAUGGGCCUCGCCAAGUACCACUUGGGUAAUUACAUUUUUCUCAUCUAAAUUCCCCCUGCAAUUCUUAAUUGAUACAACUUCUUCACUUCCUUAACUUAAAUGUUUACACGUUUUGAAGAUGUAAAAUGCUGUAAAUGUGCUAUAUUCAUACUGUUACUAUCUUACACAGUUGGGUAGUGUUGUUAGCUGUUAACUCUAAUUGCCAACAACUUUCUGCCCCACCCCAGAGCUGACUGCAUUUCAUUGGGGAGGUGAAAUGAUCCCUAGAGUUUGGAUACUGGUUUGUUUGUAAACUACUUUGGAAUCCUGACAAUACAAGCACAAUCUAAAUGA